UUUUUUUUAUGGCUUGUAGCAAACUUCUCACAAGAUAGUCAUAUGAUCGACACGAAAAAGGGCGAGUCCAACUUCAAUUUUGACGGAUCCAUAUUUAAAGUGGAAUAAUUGUGACAAAAAAUCCUCCAAAAUGAAGGGUUGUAUGUUUAAUAUCGAUGCAGGAUAUUUGGAGGGUCUUUGCCGUGGAUUUAAAUGUGGAAUUCUUCAACAAAGUGAUUAUCUUAAUCUUGUACAAUGCGAAACUCUUGAAGAUUUAAAACUACAUUUGGCUGGUACAGAUUAUGGUAGUUUCUUAGCUAAUGAACCAUCACCACUUUCUGUCAGUGUGAUUGAUGAUAAAUUGAGAGAAAAACUUGUUAUAGAAUUUCAACACAUGCGCAAUCAUUCUGUAGAACCUUUAUCACAAUUUUUAGAUUUUAUUACUUAUAGUUAUAUGAUUGAUAAUAUUAUCUUAUUAAUUACCGGUACUUUGCAUCAAAGACCAAUUUCAGAAUUGAUUCCUAAAUGUCAUCCGCUUGGUAGUUUUGAACAAAUGGAAGCUAUUCAUGUAGCAGCUACACCUGCUGAACUUUAUAAUGCAGUUUUAGUGGAUACUCCUUUAGCACCUUUUUUUGUGGAUUGCAUUUCUGAACAAGAUUUAGAUGAAAUGAAUAUUGAGAUAAUCAGAAAUACAUUAUACAAAGCCUAUUUAGAAGCAUUUUAUAAAUUUUGUAAAGAUAUUGGAGGAACAACUGCAGAUACCAUGUGUGAAAUACUUGCGUUUGAAGCUGAUAGACGAGCUAUUAUAAUAACUAUCAAUUCAUUUGGAACUGAAUUAGGUAAAGAUGACAGAGCAAAAUUGUAUCCUCGCUGUGGAAAAUUGAAUCCUGAUGGAUUAGCUGCAUUGGCAAGGGCAGAUGAUUACGAACAAGUCAAAGCAGUUGCAGAAUAUUUUGCUGAAUAUAGUGCUUUGUUUGAAGGUGCAGGUAAUAAUCCUGGUGAUAAAACUUUAGAAGAUAAAUUCUUUGAGCAUGAGGUUCGUCUAAAUGUUCAUGCUUUUCUUCAACAAUUUCACUUUGGAGUAUUCUACAGUUAUCUUAAAUUAAAAGAACAAGAAUGUCGUAAUAUCGUAUGGAUAGCAGAAUGUGUUGCGCAAAAACAUCGUGCUAAAAUAGACAAUUACAUUCCAAUUUUUUAAUAAGUUUUCAUUUUGUUGAUUAUUUAUGUUUAACUGUAUAACAAUAUCAUGAAAAAAAUUUUUCUCUUUUUCCUUUUAUUAUCAUAUUUUUUAACUAUAAACAAUUAAUAAUUACAGUAUUUCAUGUUAUGAAGAAAAGAAAAA